AUGGUAAGAAUGCUUUCUGCGAUCGCAGAAGGAUCAGAAUCGAAUAGCACCAGCAAUAAUCCUCUAUGUCAGCCGAAUAAUAAGCGUCUGAGAAACGAAGGUACGAGUUCUUCCAUGAGAUUCAAAGGGGUGGUGUUACAGCAAAACGGGCAUUGGGGGGCACAAAUAUAUGCCAACCAACAGCGGAUCUGGCUUGGAACAUUCAAGUCAGAGAAAGAAGCAGCAAUGGCAUAUGACAGUGCCGCCAUCAGACUCCGAAGUGGAGAUUCCCACCGAAACUUUCCCUGGACCAACCUCACCGUUCGAGAACCAAAAUUUCAACAUCUCCACACCACAGAAUCGAUCUUGAAUAUGAUCAAGGACGGAUCCUACCAGUCCAAAUUUAAAGAAUACUUAAGUAGAUCUUUGGAAAUGGGGAAUGACUCCAGCCUCAACAUGAUAAGGGGAGGAGGACCUGUACUAGGAGGAGGAGGAGGAGGAGGAGGAGGAAGAGGAAUCAUGUGUCACCAACUCUUUCAGAAGGAGUUGACACCCAGCGAUGUGGGCAAGCUAAACAGGCUCGUCAUCCCAAAGAAACAUGCCGUCAAAUACUUCCCGCAGGUCUCUGAAGUAAGCUCGGAGGAUGACGAGGAAGGUAGUGGAGUGGAUGAUGUCCAGCUAGUAUUUUUUGAUAGGUGGAUGAGGUCGUGGAAGUUCAGAUACUGCUAUUGGAAGAGUAGCCAGAGCUUCGUGUUUACGAGGGGUUGGAAUCGUUUUGUCAAGGAGAAGGAAUUGAAGGCAAAGGAUGUAAUCACCUUCUACAGGUGUGAACACAGAGAAGAGUGCAAAGAGGAGAAAACGUUUUGUCUGAUUGAUGUAAGUCACAAUCAGAGCGACAGUGUUGAUGGAUUUGAUGGACCAGUCGCUAUGGAGAUGAAACUACAGCUACAACUCGGAUUAGGUUUAGGACGCAAUUUUGAAUGCAGUUCUGAUUAUCAGGAAAAAAGAUGGGAAGAGGAAAAGAAAUUAUUCAUGGAAAUGCCACUAUCAUCACCAUCACCAUCACCAUCACCACCACCACCGCCGCCGCCAUCGCCACAGCACUCUGAUGGAAAGGGAGUUAGACUAUUUGGUGUACGAAUUCGUUGA